AUGCAGGCGCGCUAUUCCGCCCGCUCUCUCAGCCUGGACAGCGCCGGCGAGCAGCAGCAUCACCACCAGGGCCAGGCCCCCGCGCAGGGCUUCAGCGUGGAUAACAUCAUGACCUCCCUCCGCGGCUCGCCUCAGAGCUCCGGCGAGCUCACCCCGUCUCUCGUGGCGCCCUCACGGACAGGUAUAACUCCCACGUUGUCCCUGAACUAUUCUCCCAAUCAGACGUCUGCGUACAGCUCGCCCUGCAGCCAGAACUCUAUCUCGACUACCUCCAACGCCACCUAUCAUUGCAACAUGCAGGCCAUGAGCUUGUACGCGGGCGGGGAUCGCUCGGGCCACUUGGCCACCACUACCACCGUGGACGAAACUCCGCCAGAUUACUCGAUCACGACUACCACGUCGCCCCUAAGCCACGGGAAUCCUCAGGAGGGCCACCAUGCACACCAAGGGCGCCUCGCCUCAUGGUACCUAAACCAGGCCGGAGACAUUGGCCAUCUAGGCCCCACGUCCCCGGCGCAGCAGCAGAACUUCCAUUCGGUUCGUUAA